ACGGUGUGGCACGUCCUGACGCUUUUCCACGUCGCAGUCCUGUCUCAGGCGAACUGGCUGCGUAUGUAUGCGUGUCUCCAGCUAGGCCACAGAGCGAUGGCGGCGCCCGUCCUGAGAGUGUCCACCCCUCGGUGGGAAAGAAUAGCUAGGUUCCUCGUUUGCCUGUUGGGCAUAGUGUUAUCUCUAUAUGCCUUUCACGUCGAGAGGGAAAAGGCUCGGGAUCCGAGUUUUAAGGCCAUGUGCGACGUCAGCAGCUCCAUCAGCUGUUCCAAAGUGUUCAGCUCAAGGUGGGGUCGAGGAUUCGGACUCCUGGGCUCCAUUUUUGGAAACGACAAUGCACUGAAUCAACCCAACAGUGUCUAUGGGAUUGCCUUUUAUGCCUUUCAGCUCCUACUAGGAAUGACUGUCAGUGCAAUGGCCGCCCUUAUUCUCAUGACGACAUCCAUCUUGUCGGUGGUGGGCUCGCUCUACCUGGGCUACAUCCUCUACUUUGUCCUAAAGGACUUCUGCAUCAUCUGCAUCACCACGUACGCGCUGAACUUCAUUCUCUUUGUUCUCAACUACAAGCGACUGGUUUACUUGAACGAGGCCUGGAAGCAGCAGCUUCAGGUCAAGGAGGACUGAGCUGUCUGGAGCGGCAAGAAAAAGUACGACAACAGAAGACAAAAAAAAGAAAUGUGACCUCUGAACAUUUGACUUGCCACCAGGAGACCUUGCUUCCAAACCAUGUUUAUUCUGCUGUGUGUUUAAAAAGAAAAAAAAAAAAAGGAAACUUAACUUAAAUGUUGGGCCGGACAUCUCAAUGUUGCAAGCACGGGAGGAGUUGUAAGCGUUUUUUUUUUUUUUUUUUUUCAAUCCUUUUUUCCUUAUUUAACAUUGAACUCACUAAAGGAAGGGGCUGACUGUGCGCGUGUGUGUGUGUGCGUGUGCGACGGGAAACGCAUCAACCAACCCAAGCAAGCAGAGGCAGAAAUCCACACCACCGAACAAUGGAGGACGGCUCUCUUUUGAACAAGGCUCUCUUUUGAAGAAGCCAGGACAUUAAAGGGGUUCACUUGAAACGAUUAGAGACGUCCUAUCGCUGCACGGCGGAUCUGCACUAAAACUCAAUGUGUCCCAAAAUUAAACGACAACACAUUAGGUCAUCCUACAGUUUUCUGAUUUGGUUCAAGUACGAGGGGGGCGGGUGGGUUCAAAAGGUUUAAGAUUUAUACUGAAUAGUUUGUUUUCAUGUUUACACUUUGUAGUAUGUUUCUUUUAUGAAGAGGACCACUAAAAAUCAACACAGGACAAUGUGAGAAAAUUGUGUAUAGAUCAGUCUGAUUGUUUGUCUUUGCUACUCUGUACAUAGCUGCUGAGCAAUAUCCCAGGCUAGAUUGUGAUUUGGUGUUGACACAAACGGCAAAAAUGAAGAGAAAUACCCCACCAACAAAAAUCCCAACAAAAUCGUCCGUAAAUCAAGAACAAAACAAAUCCAUCACUAGCGGUCACUAGUAAGGGGGAGGAGUCUGAAGAUGGGAUCCGUGUCGAGGUCAUUUCUUUGUUGCAAGUGGCCCUCGUUUCCUCUGCGUCUUUCAAACAGAACUAUGGAUUUUUCUCCCCAUCUUUGCAUAAAGGCACCCUCACUCUUUUUCUUCUUGUUUUUUGUUGUGUGAAAAGCAUUCCUGACCUCCACACAAGUGGGACCCAUAAAGACUUAUGUGCCUAAAGGAGUGUUAGGGUGAAUUACAUUAGUUUCUUAAUUUUGUUUUUAUUUGGGGUUAACACCAGGUAUUGUCACAGGUCCGAGACUUUAUUUUUAUGAUCACAGUUUUUGUAAGUUACCAGUGAAGUGUUUCUCCCUCCCCAUUAGAGUCUCAUGAGGUAGCGUCUGCUGCUACACUGUGAUCGUCUGCAUUAAGUGUAACGAGUGGCAGAGGCAUCUUUUAAAUGUGUUCAAGGCUCAUCUGGCUUCUGCUCACUGUCCAGCCUGUGUACAUUUGAUGUCAAUUGAACAGUACGGGGCAUCCGGAGACAUGAGCGGGCGGCAGAGGCGUCAAGGGGCGUGUGACUUCCUGCUGGACAAAAAGGGCAGUGCGCUUUCGGAGGUUUUCGGACCCAGGAGGACAGACAUCCGGGUCGCUGUUGUUUUUUUUUCGAAGACAAACUGCUGCUGACAGCGAUGCUUUUCAUGGUCUCUAACAUAGCGAGGUUUGCACGGUUUGCAAGUCCCAGUAUUGGUGGGUAAAGCAACCACUGCUGGUAGUGGAUUUGCUAGACAUCCAAGUAUUGGCCUGUUCAGUCCAGCGCCGUGUGACGGAGUCAGACCAUUGUCUCUGUCCCCUCUAGAGUCCACUCAUUUAAAGUUCAUUACCCGUCGGAUGCAUGCUACACUUCAUGGGACAUCAGACAAUCUUAUACUCAAAGAUCCCGAAAAACAGUCGUAGUAAUAACUGUAACAAUGUGAUUUAUCUGUGGUGUUAAACCGGCUUAUUAAUAGUUCCCGUUACUGCAAGUCUUCACGGCCCUUCGCUCCGACAGAGGGUUGUUUAAGGUUUCGAUGAUAGCAACUACCAGGAAAGUAACCUCAGUGACAUGCUUCCUGCGGUGACAUACCAAGUCGUCGAUCGGCCAUGAAAAUGGAAAUUCCUGCAACAUUUAGGGAAAUUGACCAUUAAUUCAUGUUGUGACCUAUAUACUUUGAAUCAUAGGCUGUUACGUUGGUUUUUCCCACACACCAGGAAGACUGCCAAUCCCAUCCAUUGCACCGUGUGAUGGGGUACACUUUAAGAGAUGCUUCCAGCACUUCUUCCUUCGCAGUGAAUCUACUGUUCAAUAUGUCAAUGUUUGUCCACUGGGUUUCAGUAGCACUGGUUUUACAUGAUUUGGCACUGAGUCUAGACCUCAGUCGUGCUCUGAUGGCUAUACCAACUUAAAGGAGUACUCCCAACAUUUCAGCAUACAUUAAUAACCUUAUUUAAAAUUGAUUCAGCACAACCAUCUUUCUUCCAUGGAGUCUUCUGUCUCGUCAAAACGUGGGCUCUACAAUACCCACAAUCCAACUGGACGCACCGUUUGGCUUUGGGCUAGAGGUUUGAGUAUGCUGUAGAUUCCCGCAAACCCCUGUGAUCAGACCUUUACGUGUACAUUUUGUGGAGUACCCCUUUAAGCACAUUUCACUUUCUUUGUGGGGGGGGGGGGGGGGGGGGCAAUGACACCGCUGUGUAAAAUGGUCGGCAGUUACGUUACAUGAUCAUAUGACACGGUUGGUGGUAAGCUGGCGGAACGAGUGCAGUCCUUUUUAAGCGUACUGUACACGCUUCCAUAGAAUGAUUCAAAUGUUUGCGUCAUUCCUCAGCAAGUCGUCUUUAGGAUCUUCCGCGUACUGUAUUGCCUUGUCGGGCUGGCGUCAGAUUCUGUUUCAUCUCGACUCGGAAAGAGAUCAACAACUGCACUUUGUCUUUGUUUGGGGGGGAAAAGCCUGCGCACUCACAUGUGAGACAAGUCUCUUAUGAGUUCACUAGCACAAGUCACAGUGAGUACUGGCUACUGCUAUGGGUCCUGUGAGUGUUGGCCACCGUAGAACUGACAAGUGCUCAGGAGGCAUCUUUUCCUUCAUGAUUCCAGUUGUGCAGUCGUGUUAAAAUAAAUGCGAUGGGAAUUUGGAGGGCAAGCCAGAAGUUUGACAUUUUUGGUUGUGUCGUGUGCUGAUUAAAUGUCCAAACGAUCAAUACUGCAUUCUCAUGAAUAUUCAUUUAGGCCCUGAGGUAUAACUGCCAUGUUAGUUGCAUCAUUGAUGCCAACAAAAGUGCCUUCUGUUUGAUCACUAGGCCUUGAGCCAAAGACGAGCAACAGUAAAAGCCUUGUGAAAUGAAGAAUGGUAACUGUAACAGGCACUAAAUGCCUUACUUAAAUUGGUAAUCACCCCCCCCCCCCCCAAAAGAGUUGAUAUUCAGUAUUGAUGCAUUAAUCAAUUUAGAAAUUGCCAGACAAAAAUGCCCUGUCGAAUCUAAGGUCAACCCCAUUUCCCUUCCUGAACGCCUCUAUAUAAAUUAUCAUCUUUAUUUUGUCUAGCUAAGACAUGUUUGUUAGCUAAGAGUACACUUAGUUUUAACUACAUGAUUGUAAUGUUCUUUUUGUCAUCCUAAUUAUGCCCUUUAGCUGUAUAGACUGUUAACAUUCUGGGUUAUUUUAAUAUAAAAAGAUGAGGGGUUGGGGGAUGGGGUCGAGAAAUCCAUGUGUCAGCAUAAAAUGUUUAUUAAAUUUCUUUGGAGGAAAACUUACUGGGUUUGCUUCUGUAUAGCCAAAUAUGUUUUAAAAUGCUGUCUUUUCUUACAUGGAAACGUGUUACAUGAAUGGUAGGAGGGUGCAAAAAAUCUGUUCAAAUCCAUCUUACCUUAAGGGAAAACCUGUGGUUGACAUGAGAACAUUUUUAAUUGUGUCACUGUCAUGUGGAAACGAUCUACCAUUAAAACAUUCCCUCUGAAACUA